AUGGAAGAUACAGCAGCUAAAAUUAUCGGAUCCAGCGAUGGUCUCUUGACUGAUCCAAGAAUAGCCCAGGACUUCAGCCCAGAAACGGAUGAACUACUAGCUAAGGCGGAAAACUACUUUAAGGUGGGAGACUUUGAAUUAAUCAUAGAAGAACUCAUAUUACUUGAAAAAAAAUGCAGGCAAUCAUACGAUGGAAUAUCAACAAGUAAAAUUUGCUGCUUCAUUUUGAACAAAUACAAAUUAAUGGAAAACUACAAAAAAGUAAAUGAGUAUUUAAUAUUUUUUAAUAAAAAAAGAGGACAAUUAAAAAGGACUAUAAUUGAUAUAAUAAAUUUAUGUAAAUCAUGGAUUGUUGAUAUACAAAAUAAAGAAGAAAAAUUAAAUUUAAUAAAUACUUUAUGUACAAUUAGUGAAGGUAAAAUAUUUGUUGAAGUAGAACGAUCUGAAAUUAUAAGAAUUUUAUCAAAAAUAAAAGAAGAUGAUGGUAAUAUUGAAGAAGCUGCAAAUAUAUUACAAGAUGUUCAUGUUGAAACAUUUAUAUCUAUGGACAAAAGGGAUAAAACAGAAUACAUAUUAGAACAAAUGAGGUUAGUACUUUUACGUAAAGAUUUUAUUAGAUGCCAUGUAAUCAGUAGAAAAAUUAAUCCUAAAUUAUUAGAUACAGAUGAAUUUGCUGAUCUUAAAUUGAAAUAUUUUCUUUACAUGAUUCAAUAUUACAUUAAUGAAGAAUCUUAUUCAGAUGUUGCUAAUUGUUAUGAACAAAGGUUUAACACAGAGUGUGUUCAAAAUGAUCCUAACUUAUGGAUUGAUGAAUUAAAAUGUUAUAUCAUUUUUUUAGUACUAUCUCCUUUUCAAGAACAACAAACUAAAUUUUUAAACUUAAUAAAAUUACAAAAAAAAAAAUUAAAAGAAAUACCAACAUAUGAACAAAUGGUUAACGAUUUUAUUAAACAAGAUCUAAUAGAAUGGCCAUUAUCAUAUGAACAAGAAUUACAAUCUUUUUAUAUUUUUAAUGACUCUGUUUUUGUAGGAGGGGAAAAUAGAUGGCACCUUUUUAAAAAAAAAGUUAUGCAUCAUAACAUACAUGUUAUUUCAACAUGCUAUAAUAAAAUAUCAUUACAAAGAUUAGCUCAAUUAAUAAAUUCAACAAAUGAAGAAUCAGAAAAUUUAUUAUUAGAAUUAGUUUCAAACAAAAUGUUAGAUGCAAAAAUUGAUCGUUUAUAUGGGGUAAUUAAAUUUGGACAAAAAAAUAAUCCACAAACUUUAUUAAACAAAUGGUCAUCUCAAAUACAUCAAAUUGUUGACAUACUCGAAGAAUCAUCUCAUCUAAUACAAAAAGAAAGGAUGGUACAUGAAGCAAAACUUAAACGAAUGCAAUUGGAAAAUAAAAAAAUGGCUCUCUAA